GACUGGAUCAAAGAGCCGAAGCGCUUCAGUCUGAGUUUAUUCACUUUAAAUCGUGUCGGAAUCUAAAGCGGGAGGCCGAGGGUGAGGGUCGGGGUGUGUUAGAGCCUCGCUCCGGACUGCAGGGUGUGUUUGAUGGCCUGUUUCGCUCGUGCGGAGUGAGACUGGAGUGAGACUGGAGUGAGACUGGAGUGAGCUGCUCUCGGAUGGGAUUGUUUAUGGUUCGGGUCCAUCUCCGCCUGGACGCUCAGGAGGGAAAAACUGCGAUCUGAGAUCCUGCCCGGGGUUCAGAGCUUCUCUCAGGGCUUCCAGCUGAGCAGGAGGACUGUAGAUGGUGGAGAAGGAGACUCCUGCAGGAGAAGCCACACUGAUUCCUGUCUCUCUGUCCUUCUGUCCUCCUGUCUGUCCUCCUGUCUGUCUGUCUGUCCAUCUCUUCCCUUUUCUUCCAAUCUCCACUUUCUCACCUCUUCCCUCCACCCCCAGGACCUCUACAAUAAUGCCUCUCUUUGUGCAUAAAAUCCGGAGGAAACAGUGCUGGUACUCUCCACCGUUACCGGUGUCAGGAUGUUCAGCUUGAACCUGAGAAGUUCAUGACGGUUGAUGAAUGAGUUUCGGGUUCUUCCAGAGUUUUGCUCCCAAAAAAAGCUUGAAGAUGGUGGAGAAUAGGUGCUGCCUGAAGAGGGAAGGUGUGUACCGGUGGUUCUCGGGCCUGAGCUCGGCUCAGCGGACCGAGUUCCUGUGCGGACUCUUGGAUCUUUGCGUUCCGGUGGAGCUGCGCUUCCUCGGGUCCUGCUUGGAGGACUUGGCCCGUAAGGACUACCACUCUCUGAGAGACGCUGAGAUCAAGGCGAACAACCCGGCCGACCUGGCGCUCCUGGCCAACGUGACGGACGAGGUGGUGCGCAGCAAGCUUCUGGUCUCUCUGGCUCUUCUCGGGUCUGAUAACCGGCCGGCGGCGGGAGCGCUUUUCCGGACGCUCACGCACAUCGACGCCAUCAUCCACGAUUAUGGGCUGCGUCUGAGCGACGGACGGACCGGCGAGCAGUUCCUGCUACUCUUCACCAUGGCGGCCAAUCACCCGGCCUUCAGCUUCCACCAGAAGCAGGUGCUGAGACAGCAGCUCGCACAGAUCCAGGAGCUCCUGCAGUCUAACGGCAACGACGCCACACACGGAGGAAAUCCCGGGUCGCCUGCGGGUUCUACAUCGCUGCCCGCGUACAUCGGCACACCUGCACAUCUUACCUGCUGCGCCAAGACCACGCCCCGAGAGGUGAUGACAGGUCCCGUGGAUGACGGUCUGGGGUCAGAGGUCACGUCCCCGACUGCGCCUUCCAGCCAGGACCUGCCAGUGAAAAUGCACGCUGGGAAACCUGGGAAAGUUCGAGUUGAGAGGAUUGAGCUAAAGGGAGUCACACACAAAGCGGACACAUCGCCAGAAUACACACUGGAGGUCAUGUGGUCCGACUCCACGCUGUCGAUUGUUAGCAAGACGUCUCAGGAAGUGAUGGAGCUGCUAUCCCAGCUCGCCCAGCUCUUUCCUGAUGAGUGUCUGGAGAAGUUCCUGCCCGGUGCUGACUCUCAUGAGCUCGACCUCAGGUGUUUGACUUCUCUUUCGGCUCACGUUCUCCGACACGAGCGUGUUCGAAUUUUUUGCUCGGCCUCCAGCUCACAGCCCCCCUCCAGCACCAAUCUGAGCUGUCUGCUACAGUACAGAGGAGCGAGCAGGACGGUGUGUGGCGUCGCGAGCGUCCAGCCGGUGGUAAAUGUUCUCGCCCCCAUUAUUCCCCAGCCCUCGCCUGCGCAUUUGCCCCCUCCGUCCAUCCUGCCCCACCACCCGAGCCCCGCCGUAGGAGAGACCACCUCGCCUCAGCAGCAAACGCCUCAACACCAACACCAGCCACACCCAUCAGCCACACCCGAGCAGAACGGUAUCCUGGACUGGCUGCGUAAGCUCCGCCUCCACAAAUACUACCCCGUCUUCAAGCAGCUGACCAUGGAGGAGUUCCUUGCUCUGACCGAAGAGGACCUGAAUAAGUACGACCUCACUCAGGGAGCCAAGAAGAAGCUGAAGACCCAGCUGGAGCUGCAGAAGGAGAAGCUGGAGAAGAGAUACACCAUGUCUCAGUUCCCCGUGUCCUGUGGGGGUGUAGCGAGAGUGACGCCGUCAUCCUAUAACGGUCCGAUAACACACACACACUCCAGCGGCACUAGUAACGCAGAGCUGCGUGUGGAGGUGGAGACCGGGUCUCUGUCCUCUCUCAGGGACAGCAGCUCAUCAUCAGGUUACUCCAGUUCUCCAUCCAGUCCCAUGAUUCCUCUGAAGGAGACUCUCAGACGUGGCGAUGUGGAGUGUGUAGAUAAGGAGCGCGUGUGUUUCCUGCUCAGCACCGCAGGUUCCGGUCCGAAUCGGCCCACGGCUCAGGUCCUCCCGGUGCAGAACGACCCCUCCGUCUGUGCGUCUCACCCCAGCGUCGCCCUCCCCUCCAUCCCACUGCUGGCCCCGGGCCGAGGACUCGGCUCCGUCUCCCGCAAGCCCCGCCCACCCCUACUCUGCACUACGAUGGGGGUGGAAGCUCCUCCCACAGGGCAUCAGGAGGCGGAAGCAGCGUGCACGACGCUCACAGCGACCUCGAACGCCCUCCAUCACGUCUCGCAUCCGACACUACACUUCCAGGUGUCAGCCACGCCCGGCCACGCCCGACUGACUCAGUACGCGAGCCCGGCCUCGUCCUCCUCCUCAUCCUCUUUCUCUUCUUCAUCGUCCUCCUUUUCCUUUUCCUCGUCCUCCAAACCCGCCUUCUCGCCGAUCAGCGCUGUUCCCAUGGCAGCUGUUUCCGGAAACACCUACAGUGCCAACAAUGCGUCCGUAGUGGCCCCGCCCACCACCAGUCCCGUCACCACAGAAACAGCGUGCUAUGGCUCCGGCCAGUCCAACGGCACGACGGCGUGCGUGUGCAGCUCGUGCGGAUGCAGCGGAAAGUGCGGAUCGUUCUACUUCCCGCACCCGUUCUCCGGUACGUCCCUGUUCACCUUCGGCCCUCUGCUCCACUUUAGCCCGCUCCUUGCAGGAGGUGGCUCCGCCUCUCCAUUCUCGUACCCCAUUGUGGCCCCACCCCUUUACAACAGCACCCUGUCGCACGAGUCGCAGCAGAACCUCGUCCUUCCCCCCAUGCAGGGUUUUCUAGGGGGCGGGGCUAACAUAUACCAGCCUUUUGGAAUGAUGGGAAAUGGGGGCAUGGGGCAAAAAAAGGCGGGAAACAUUUCCUGCUACAACUGCGGGCUGAGCGGCCACCGGGCGCACGACUGCAAGCAGCCGCCCAUGGAUUCGGCUCAGCAAGGUAUGUUUCGUCUCAAAUACUCUCCUCAGUCGGACAGCCAGGACUCUGGUGACUAGCCGUUAAUUACAGCAUGUGUGAGGUGUGUGUGUGUGUGUGUGUGUGUGUGUGUGCGCGCGUGUGUGUGCUAGGUUUAAAGCACUUCAGUCUCCGAUUCUUCAUGGAAACCUUUUGAGACUCUCACGGCCUUUCGCUCGGAGAGAAACUUUCUACCAGCCGAGCCGGACAUCAGGGAUGAUUUUAACACCAAAAACACUCUUGAGCAACGUCGCGGUGAAAUAAAACGGCCGUCACGUCCGUGAUCGUCUCCUCCCUCAGGUCCUCCGGCGUCCCCGUCCUGAUGUGUCUCAGCGUUAUGCACUACAGUGUGAAGUCUCGCACUUCUCUGUCGGACCUGGUGGAACCAAACACUGCCGAAUUUGACUCGAGCGCAGGACCUGGCACGGACUCCUGUUGCUCCGUUUAAAGUUUUUUUUCUUUUUUUUCAAUUUUGUAACAAGACUUUUUUGCCGUUAAGUCUAUUUACAGUGUCUUAUUUUGGAUGUUGGAAUUCUUAUAAUUUUUUUAUAUAUCAUGUUAUUUUUUUCUGACUUACAAAACCUUCAGUGUUUACCAUCAUGGUGUUUAAAGCCAUGCCUACUUUAAAAAUAUACUAUUUUAACAAAUUUACCGUUUCUGUAGCAGCAGCAGCGACGUGCCAAUAAUCAGUUCUGUGAUAAACACGCACAAACUCGUAAAAAUCCCAUUUCAGCCCAUUCUGCCGACCAAAGUGUUAUUUCGGACAUUUUCCAGAAUUCUGCGAGUAACCAGCAAAGUAAAAACCACACACUCUGAGCUAAAUCGAUGUUAAAGAUCGAGAUAAAGUCAUGCUAAGAUUGCGGCAUUAAAGGUGAAUAAUUUAUUUGUUUAUUUUGGUUUAUCUCCAGAUUUACGGAAGCAUGAUUUUUUUUUCAAUAUUUCGAAACUUUAUUACUAUUAUUUCUAAGAGAAAUUUUAAACAAAUUUAGGUUUACAGAUCUAAAUAAUUAGCACCUUAGCUAAUUUUAGCGAGCCGUCAGUCGCAGUUCUACAUUGAAACAUCGACAUGUUUUUUUUAUUUAAAGUGUUUUCAUUUCAUUGGUCAACAAGUGACGGUCCUGGACACUUCCUCAGCCAAGUAAACACAGACGUGGCUCAAAUUCUUUCACUAGUUCAACAAAGACUUUGGCUACAUCAUAUUAGCCCUUCCAGUUUAAUAGGAAGCUAGCUA